AAAUAAUGCACGUUGGGUAUACAGCUAAGUUCGGUACGUAGGUCCCGCUAAACCGAACAUGUCGCGAGUGAUAAUAUUGUGUGCGCUUGCUGCAGUCACUGUAGCACUUGGGCCCCUCCCAUCCAUGCCGACGCGGGGCAGUAUAUGGCCGAAACCAUACAGUGAACAAAAGGGAAAUGUUGUAUACGUUAUGGGGGCUGGGUUUGAUCUCGAAAUGAUAGGUUGUGCCUUUAUGGGUGAAAUACAACUUGACUCCAUUUCUAAGAACAUGUUUAACUUACUAGAACUAGCGUAUAAGGUGAAAAAGAACCAACAAGAUAUCGACGAAUUGCCAAAAUCCUCUAACCUACCCGUGAUGAAUUACUUGACAACAAUACUAAUGCAACCCAACGACUGCGACACCUACCCACAUGCUGAUAUGGACGAAAGUUAUAAUCUUACUGUUAAACGUCGGGCUGUGCUAAAAGCUAACACUGUAUGGGGUAUCAUACGAGGUCUAGAGUCGUUUUCACAGCUGUUCUACAUGUCAGAUGAUUAUAAAGAAGUUCGUAUAAAUGCGACAACAAUUUACGACUACCCACAAUACUCGCACCGCGGUAUAAUGGUGGACACGUCACGUCACUACCUGUCGAUGGACACGAUGCACAAGUUGUUAGACGGCAUGGCCACCAACAAGAUGAAUGUGUUGCACUGGCACAUUGCCGAUGACCCGAGCUUCCCCUACAAGAGCAAGAAAUUCCCUGAACUGAGCGAAAAGGGACACUAUUAUCCGUCUAUGACAUACAAUAGAAGCGAAAUUUGGGAAAUUGUAAAACACGCUAGACGAGGGGGGAUCAGAGUCAUCCUUGAAAUGGACACACCAGGACAUGUAACUUCAUGGGGACUUUCACAUCCAGAAAUAAUGACGCAGUGCAAAGAAAUUGGUCCGAGGCCAUUGAAUCCUGUCAAGAACGAGACUUAUGAACUGCUUAGAGGACUAUUCAGAGAGGUGCAAGAUAUUCUCCCCGAGCGAUACCUCCACCUGGGUGGCGACGAGGUCUUUAAAGACUGCUGGACAGAAGAUCCUAUAACACAGCAAUACAUGAAGGAACACAAUAUGUCUACGGACGACCUUUACGGACUUUAUAUGAACAACACUAUGAAACUGCUUAAAGAAUACACUGUCCCUGUUAUGUGGGAGGAAGCUUUCUUCAACAAAAAAACUAACAUGACUCAUGCGGUGGUACAAGCGUGGCGUCCCAAUUCAAAUAUUGCGGAGAUAAUAAAAACACAUACAAAAGUAAUAUUCUCAUCGGAGUGGCAUCUGGACAAUGAUUUGACAAAACGUUUCGAUGACUUCUACAAGAUUGAUCCUCGACAAAUUGCGUAUAACGCGACAGGAGACCAUUCUCUGGACAAGUACAUCAUAGGCGGCGAGGCUUGUAUGUGGGGGGAAAUGGUGGACGAUAACAACAUCCUGAGCAGAAUUUUCCCGCGAGCGUCAGGGGUGGCAGAAGCGUUGUGGAGCGGAACGAAUGGAACGGUUCCUGACGAAGCCUUUAAUCGCAUGGAGGAGCAAGCCUGCCGGAUGCUCCGUCACGGUUACCCCGCUGCGCCUCCGUCUGGGCCCGGCUUUUGUAUUACAAUAAAAAACGUUAUAAAGCCAUAACCUAAAACGAAUCCCUUUCAUUCCAUGAGAUCCACGAACCGUAAGUGGGUCGAUCGGAAUUCAUAAAAUUACGUUAGGUACGUUUUACAAAAUCGCACCAAAACUCAUAAUAAAAUAAAUAAAAUAAUAAUAAAAAUAUAAUAAUUAAUAAUAAUAUUAUUGUAACUAUUGUGACACAUCAAAGAAUUAUUUAAUUUUUUUCAAGAAAUAUACAUUCACUUACUGUUUUAAAUGUAUUUUAUAACUGUGUCGUAAAUAAACGUUUUACCUAUA